AUGUAUGAUAUGAUUGACUACAAGGAGUUAUGUACACGAACUGGAAUAGAAGAGAUCGAGUUCCUUAAAUGUGAAGUUGAUGAUGCGAUUAACCAACUCCUCUUCCCUCAGGACAAGUAUGAUGUUACUAACGUCUUGUUGGUUGGAACACAGAGAGCACAAUUGAAUGCCAGAAAAAUACUCCAAGAGCUUAACUUGCCCCAAUUCUCAAAGGAAGCAGCCCCACCGCAACCACUACAGAGCGAACUUCCGAGCUUAACAGGUCAAGAGAAGACGGUUUCACUCCUGUUAAUGCGUCCUAAACCCAGCAUUACCAAAUUGCCUCAACAAUUGAGAGGGAAUGCAGCUACAAGUAUCACCAACAUCAAUGUAUUGACAAAGCCAGAGGUUAGGGCACUUAACGUGUCUGCUGCUUCUACUAAGAAAGCAUCAAAGGAGAAUAAGCUUAUGGGUGGACUCCAUCUACGAAUCAACAGACGAAAGAAGAAUGUUAUUAGUGAUAAUAAUGUUAAGCCGCAAGGUCCUCCAUUACAAAGUACUCAGACGAACAACCGCAGGCACUCGCUAGUAGGAGACUCUCUUCCAGCAUAUAUUGUUCAACAAUUACCGCAAGGAAGAAGAGACUCGGAGGAGGAAAUCGAACGACAGCACCCAGAAGAUGUUCAAGCCAAAACGAACCGAAACCAUAAUUCACGUAUUAAGAGUCUAGUGGACACUUCAAAGCAAAUGUAUGCUAGGAGUAAUGAAGUAGAUACACAAGACAACGGCACUACGACUGAAGAAAUUCACAUUGAAGAUGAAGAUCACGAAUAUAUACUGCCUCAACUGUUAACCCGAAUAUACGGGGAAAUGAAUGAUUCGCCUAUCAACGGAGGUGAGGACGAAGAAGAUUAUUAUGCCUAUAGUGACGAAGAUAAUGGAGACGAUGUUGACUUUAUCAAUUUAAAUGGUAGUUUAGAUACCAACCGCAGGACGGUUACAGAAGGUAGUGAUUCGGAAGAAUAUUUAUUCUAG